AUGGAAAGAUUUUUUAAGAGAAAGUCAUCAUUGGGUAGUUCGGAUAGUGUGGGUAGUUCAAGAACUUCAAGUUCAAGACAAAGUGAGUUAGAUGAGGUUUUGGCUAAUCUUCAGGCAGACCCGGGACUAGGAAUUCGUAUGAUUGAGUAUGAUACUAAUAUUAGAGAUGAGGUUCGAAGAGCAUAUCUACAAAAAGGACCUUGUCAACCUAGAGGUCAUUCUUUCCCACAAAGUAAUAUCUCAGGACUUAAUCGACGCUUCAUUCCCCAAUGGUUUGAUGAAUUUGAUUGGUUGGAGUAUAGUGUAUCUAAAGAUGCUGCAUUUUGUCUUUAUUGCAAUCUCUUUAAAUCCAAUUUUGAACAAGUGGGUAGUGAAGCCUUCACUGGAGCAGGGUUUAAGAAUUGGAAGAAAGGGAGAGAAAGAAUGAAGGUGCAUGUUGGACCGGUUGGUAGUGUUCAUAAUAAAGCUAGAGAAGCCGCUACAAAUUUGAUGAAUCAAAAUACACAUAUUGAAACGGCUGUGAGCAAACACUCUGAACAAGCUCGUAUGGCAUAUCGAAGAUGCUUAAUUGCAUCAAUCAAGUGCACUAAGUUUCUAUUGAGACAAGGUCUUUCUUUUCGUAGAAAUGAUGAAAGUGCCACUUCAAGCAAUAAGGGAAAUUACUUGGAGCUAUUGCAAUUCCUUGCAGACAAUGAUGAGAAAGUUAAAGAAGUUGUGUUGGAAAAUGCUCCGGGGAAUCUCAAGUUAGUAGCUCCAAAGAUUCAAAAAGAUAUUGUCAAUGCAUGUGCCGGGGAAACACUUGAUGUCAUCAUGAGUGGUUUAAAAGAUAGAUUCUUUUCUAUAUUGGUGGAUGAAGCACGUGAUAUUUCUGUGAAAGAGCAAAUGGCUAUGGUGUUGCGUUAUGUGGAUGACAAAGGGCAUGUAAUUGAAAGGUUUGUGGGGGUUCAACAUGUUACCGACACCACUUCAAGUUCACUAAAGGAUGCCAUUGACCUAUUCUUUUCUUCCAAUGGUUUGAGCUUUUCCAAGUUACGAGGACAAGGUUAUGAUGGAGCUAGCAAUAUGAGAGGUGAGUUGAAAGGCCUUAAAACAAAGAUUUUGAGAGAACAACCUUGUGCAUACUAUGUUCAUUGCUUUGCUCAUCAACUUCAACUAGCACUUGUUGCCGUAGCAAAGAAGAAUAUUGAUAUUGCCUCUUUCUUCACAACCACUAAUAGUGUGGUUAACCAUGUUGGAGCAUCGUGUAAGCGGCGUGAUGCACUUAGAGCACAACUUCAAGAAGAACUUGUGAUAGCUUUUGAAAAUGAUUGUCUUAUAACGGGGCGAGGUUUGCAUCAAGAAACAAGUCUCAAACGUGCCGGUGACACACGAUGGAGCUCACAUUACGGUACCAUUAUUAGCAUCAUUUCUAUAUUUUCAUCUGUGAUUCAUGUGCUUCAAAUGAUUAUUGAUGAUAAUCCCAAUGAUAGUGCCGUUGAAGCAAAUAAGAUUCAAAGGGAAAUGCUUACUUUUCAGUUUGUGUUUCACCUAUUCUUAAUGAAGGCUAUAUUGGGACUCACAAAUGAUGUGUCACAAGCAUUGCAAAAGAAAGAUCAAGAAAUUGUGAAUGCAAUGGCUUUGGUGAAAUCAUGCAAGGAAAAGCUACAUUGGAUGAGGAAUAAUGGGAUUGAUGCAUUGGUUGAAGAGGUGUCUUCAUUUUGUGACAAACAUCAUAUUGAUGUUCCUAACAUGGAUGAGGCCUUCGUACUUCCAGGGAGGUCAAGGCGUAAUGCUCCAAUAAAGACAAAUCGUCAUCAUUAUCGUGUGGAGCUCUUUAUUUAUGUCAUUGACGAGCAACUUACGGAGUUAGAUGAUCGUUUUAAUGAGGUAAAUACUGAGUUGCUUAUUUGUUUGGCAUGUUUGAGUCCAAAUGAUUCAUUUGUAGCUUUUGAUAAACAAAAGUUACUUCGUCUUGCUCAAUUUUAUCCUCAAGACUUUUCGGAUGGGGAUCUUUUGGCACUUGAUGAUCAACUUGAGCUUUAUAUUCAUUAUGUGAGUUCGAGUAGUGAUUUCUCUGACUUUCAAGGGAUUGGUGAUCUUGCAAAAAAAAUGGUGGAGACAAGGAUGCAUCAAACAUUCAAUUAUGUGUAUUUGCUUAUUACAUUGGCUCUAGUUUUACCGGUUGCUACUACUUCAGUCGAGAGGGCAUUCUCCGUCAUGAAUAUUAUCAAAGGUCCACUUCAGAACAAAAUGGGAGAUCAAUGGUUGAGUGAUAGCUUGCUUGUUUAUGUUGAGAAGGAUGUUUUUGAUUGUAUUGAAAAUGAAGCUAUAAUGCUACGUUUUCAAAAUAUGAAACCUCGUCGUGGCCAAUUGUAA